UGUCUGAGCUGGGGAUGUCCAGCUGGCCUCAGAGGACCACAGAGGUUCAGGGUGAUGUGGAGGUGUGAAGAAGACCGGAGGGUCCUGGAGGUGGAAGGUCUUACUGUAGUGAUUAGUGAUCUGAAUCCAGGGAAGGACUACAGAUUCACUGUGGUCACACUCAGCUAUGACGGCAGCUGCAGCCCUUCUGUUUCAGCCUCUGUGCAGACAGAGGUGCCACAACCAGAGAAUCUGACUGUAACCACCCGGUCUUCAUCUACAUCAGUGAAAUGGACUAAACCAAAAAGACUGGACAAUCCCUCAUUCAGCAUCAGUCUCUAUGCAGGGGACACAUGCCUUAAGACAUUCAUCAGGCAGUCUUUGGAAUGCUACUUUGAUUUACAACCUGAUACUGUUUACACCGUUGCCGUGUCAACAGUACUGAAGAAUGGGAAGAAAAGCAAAAGCCUGAAAAAAUCCAUCUCUACAAGAGCCAAUCAAGAGAAACGUCUUCAAGAUUUGGGACUACUUUCAAGUUGUAACAAGAAACUAAUGCUCAGCACAAUACUAGAAGUCAGCCAUGACACAAUGUUCAAACAAGUUUGUGAGCGCAUGAAAGAUCUCCCUCUGCAUGUUAUCAGAAACCGUAUGUGGUGUAAUGCGUCAAGCAGUUGUGCAAGUGUUUUUAACAAGAAAACAGGUGUGACUGAAACAGUCAAUCCUCUGGACUUGACUACAGCCAUCUUCCAUUGCUCAGAUCCCCACCUCCAACAGACACUUUGCUCAAAAAUGUCCCAGUGUCAACUAGCUGUCCCUUUACUGUUGCCAAACUGUGACACACAGCAGAGCAUGCUCAUGCUAUGGGCAUUGAGGGACAUUGUCAAAACAUUUAAUCCAUAUGAUUUAAAAAAUCCAAAAGGCUCGGUGGAAUGUAGGAUUGCAAUCACACCUAUGCCAUUAGUGUCUUUUGUCAGAUUGGGAAACAGCACAAUGUCAAAAUCAAAUUGUCUCAAUAAAAUCUUUUGGCACCCACAACAAUGCAACAGCACAUUUGUGCACUUUGAUAUGGAGUGUGGAAAUAUUCCCCGUAAGAUUUCAGAUGGGCUUGUAGAAAUCAGUUGGUUCUUACCCUCAGGGAGAAAGAGCAUUGACGUGUUCAGACAGCCAAUUGCUUUUGCUAACCUGAGAGGUGACAUCAGGUUGUUUGAAACACAAUUCUCUUUCCUAUGUCAGAUAUCUGCUGUGGUUUUUGUGUUCACUAAUGAUUCAGAAACCGAUGUCAGCAUUUUGACAAACAAAGACAGAACUUCCCAGAUGUAUUUAGUGAUACCCCACAAGAGCAAAUCUAAAGCAGACAGCUUAGCUGAAGUAGCAGGGAAGAUGAAGAUGGUUGAUGUCAUUAUAAAGGGCGAACAAAAUGAAACUGGGUUUAUCACCACUCUGCGAAAAUUCACUGCUGACAUUGUUCAGAAACAGAAACACCUCACAUCUGUGGAGGAAAUGGCAGAAAUUGCCCAGAAGACUGGUUUACACAUCGAUGAAUCCCUAACUGAGUGUGGAAAAGUGGCAAAGUUGGCCAACAAUAUUCUUACUGGCAUUAAGGACAUCGCCAAAUUUAAAGAUAAGAAUUUGCCAUGUCAGGGGCACAUGUGGAAAGAAAUAAGUAGCUUGGAAAGGGAAAAAUGUCAGCUCAAAAGGUCAGAACGAGAAGACAUUGAGCAAUACAAGAGUGAACUCAGCAAAAAAGUGAACAACCUCAGAGCAAAGCAACGAGAAACAGAAAUAAGCAGGUACAUGACUCAUUUUAUUGAUGGUAUUUCAAACAGUGAAACAGAGACAAGUUAUUUUUUAAAAGCAUUAAGGAUGUCUUUGCACAGUCUGAUGGAUGUCCAAAUGCUAUCGGAACAAAUCUCCCAGUGCUCCCUUGGCCUGGAACACUUCUUUAGAGAGUUAGGACAACUGUAUGAGUCAGCAGCUCUUGAUCCAGAAACCCCUAGAGCCAAACAACUUCAACACUUGCCUAGUGUAUGUGCUAAUUUACUGCUGGAAGGGUUCCCUCUGGAACUGCUGGAUGGAGAUGCUUCAAACAUCUCCCAGAGAUGGAUUGAGGACAUUUUCAACAGCCUUCAUAACUUGGUGCAACCUAACUGUGUUAUAUCAGUUGUGACUGUCUUGGGUGUCCAGAGCACUGGGAAGUCUACUCUGCUAAAUACCAUGUUUGGUAUGCAGUUUGCAGUCAGCAGUGGAAAGUGCACCAGAGGAGCCUUCAUGCAGCUGGUGAAAGUAUCGGACAGCUCCAGGCAUGAGCUGAAGUGUGACUUCAUCCUGAUCAUCGAUACAGAAGGACUCAAAUCUCCUGAGUUAGCAGAGCAAGAAGACAGUUAUGUCCAUGACAAUGAGCUAGCAACUCUUGUUAUAGGGCUUAGUGAUGUCACCAUCAUCAACAUUUCUACAGAAAAUGGAACAGAGAUGAAGGAUAUUCUGCAGAUCGCUGUGCAUGCCUUCCUCAGGAUGAAGGAAGUUGGAAAGAAACCCAGAUGUCUCUUUGCACAUCAGAAUGCAGGAGAUGUUGCCGCACAUGCCAAGAAUGUGCUUGGCAGAAAAAAACUUAUUCAACUGCUUAAUGACAUGACAGAAUCUGCUGCGAAAAUGGAGAAAAGGAAUGCUAACAUCUGCUUUACUGAUGUGAUGGACUAUGAUCCUGACAAAGACAGCUACUACAUCCCAGGGCUUUGGCAGGGAAGUCCCCCAAUGGCAUCUGUGAGUGCAGGCUACAGUGAGGCAGUGGGUGAGCUGAAGAAGGGCUUGAUCAGUGCACUGAUAGAACUUCAGUUUGAAAGGCAUGAUCUGUUACUGUUCUGGAGACUAGUAAAGGAGGUGUGGCAAGCUGUUCGGUUUGAAAACUUCAUUUUCAACUUCAAGAAUAGCCUUGAUGCAGAAGCAUACUCAAACCUUUGCCAAAUGUGGAAUGGAUGGGAGUGGGAAUUCCAGAAGGAAAUGCACAAGUGGAGUGUAACUGCAGAAGUCCAGAUCUUAAACUGUGGAAUGACAGAAUCAGAUUAUGAGAUACCAUAUUUUGAAACAUUGAGGUUGAUGGCAUCACAGCAGCUUGAUGAGGCAGAGGAGAAAAUUCGGAAUUCUCUGAAGCAUUAUUUUGAUAACUCAUCCAAUAAAUUGUACCUGAUUGAAAAGUACAGAGCAGAGUUUGAGAUUAGUGUUGAGUCUCUCAGGCGGAAGGAACAGGCCUCAAUGGAAUGUUGUCUAAGAGCUGCCCUGGACAUCCAAAAUGGUAGCAAGAAACUCAGACAGAUCAACAACACUCAGUCACAAAAAACUGAAACAAAAGUUUUGGAUUUACUGAAAUCCUGCAAAGGCAACGACACUGAUGGUUGUGAUGAGAUGCUGACGAAAGAGUUUGAGAACAUGUGGAAGAGUACACAGUCUGAGUUUCGUUACUCUCCAUUACCUAGGAAAAAUGUGACAUCAGAUGCCUUUCAUAUUCUUAAAAGGAAUUUUAGAACAUUCCCUGGUCAUAUUCAGAAGCUCUUAAUUGAGGACAAUCUACCAGAAUGUGGGAAAUCUUUCAAGCUAGAUGAAAUGUCAUCUGAAAAACACUGGAAAGUUGUACCUAGGAAAAACAACAAAUGGCUCCUCCGACGUAGAGGACGUAGACAAAAAGAAAAGACAAAAUUACAAAACACAGCCAGGUCAUAUCUGCUGUGUGUGAAAACAGCAGGUGAAAACUUCAUUUUUGCAAUAAGAAUGCAAAAGCAAGAUUACAAACAAGCACAUUUAAAUCAGCUUCUUCACAAAAUUGACGAGGAGCUACAAAGGUAUGACAUCAAGUUUGAUGAUGAAGUGGAGGCUUCUAUGAAGAUGCACCUUUUUGGAAUAGCCGCAGGAGCAUUUCAGACAAUGCACAACAACUUCAUCAACCAAAAUGAUCCACAGAUAUGUCUGGAACGGGCCAGAGAAAAAUUCUACUUAGAAUUUGUAAAUUUAUAUCAUGACCGAGAUCAGUGUCAUAGAAAGGCAGCUGAGUUUGCCAAUAAUUGCCUGAAACCUGCUGUGCUCGACUACAUUCAGAAGAGGAUUGGACAAGAAAUUGUUGAUGAAAUGAAGAAUGGGAAUGAUGCUGAAAGCUUCAGCUCUCGGCCGUUAUUCCAGUACAGAUUGCUGUAUGACCUACUUGUUGAAAACAAAUAUGAAAAUUACAAACGAUUCAUAGACUGUUAUGAGACCUAUGUGGAGGAUUGGAUACUUAAACAAGUUGUACAAACAAUGUCAAAGAAAAACAGAUUGCAGAGAAUGGAGCAAAACCUUAUUGAUAAUGUCCUGAAAAAAAUACUUGACACAAUCACAUCAUGCAAAUGCAACCCAGGAUCAGUGGGUAAUCUGACUGCAUUCAUCAAACAUCUCUGUGGUGCAGUCGGCCUCAUUUUGCCAGAUGGUGCUUUGCGAAAUGUCCUGAUCAUGAACAGCGCAUUUCAAAACAGUAUAGAAGAGUUUGCUGACCACCUUAAGGUACACAUUCAAGACAUGCGGCAGACACUUUGUGUUCCAUAUGAAAACAAAGAUGACAUAAUUAAAAGGCUUCAGUCUCUCCCUCUGAAGCCCCAAGAGGUGCUGUUUAAAGCAUUGAUUGGCUGUGGGCAGAUAUGUCCUUUCUGCCAUGCACCAUGUGAUGCUGAUGGAACUGAGCAUGAAAAACAUACGGUCAGCAUUCACCGUCCUCAAGGCAUAAGUUUGUGGAAUAGCAUAGACUCAAAAGUAAUAAUCACAGCAAUUUGUUCCUCUAGUGUGAUUAGUGAUAAUGUCUUUCAGACAGAUGAGACUGUGAACUCAUAUCCCUUUAAAGAGUACAGGGAGGUCUAUCCUGACUGGGAAAUAACUGGAGAUGCAAGCAUUGAGGCCACAGCCUACUGGAAAUUCUUCAUGGCAAACUUCAAUGAACAGAUUGCACAGGAUUGUGGUCUAAACCCUGCAACCAUACCUGAUGAUUGGAAAGCUUUGAAAGAAGAGGAUGCAAUUAAGAGCUUACAAGAUGCCUUUCAUAAAUUCCAAAGGACCCUAUCCCGUAGGAAUUUACAUAGACACUACCAUUGA